CGGAGAGCUGGGCGCCUCUUGGCCCUGCGCUCUUUGCGCUCCGCCCCAAAGCAUGUGACCGUAUUACAGCGUGAUUACAGUCACGGCAGUCGACAGCUUUAGAAGUCUUGUGACGAACCAGCAUCUCUGUGAGAUAAAAACGUGGCCCGCGGUGCCUCUUUAAUCCUCCCUCAGUCUCCUCGGCCCCGACAGACAACAUGGACUGCGGAAUUUUCACGUCCAAGACCAUCCUGCUCUUCCUCAGCUUGGUAUUUUGGGCUGCUGGAGCGGCGUUGGCCUACGUUGGUAGCUAUGUGAUCAUUAACUAUGCCAACUUCAGCAGUUUCAUUGAGGACAACUACACAAUCCCAGCAAUUGUCAUUAUUGCUGUCAGUGUGGUGAUGUUCAUUUUCGGACUGUUGGGAUGCUGCGCCACGAUCCGGGAGUCCAAAGUCGGCCUCAGCUGUUUCUUUGCGAUCAUCUUUCUGAUCUUUGCAGCUGAAGUGGCUGCUUUGGUGCUUGGCAUCAUCUUCCGAGGCAAAAUCAGCGGAGGACUGCAGCGCUCUAUGAAUGACACCUUUUCAGAGUAUGAUAAACAGACGAAUGUUGUGGACGACCUGCAGACUAGGUUUCACUGCUGUGGUGUUACAAAUUACACCGACUGGUCCAACACCACCUGGUUUAGCAGCCACAACAACACCGUGCCUCAUAGCACACAGUGCACUGGCAGAUUGGAUCAACCAGACCUGCUUUACACAAAGGGGUGUGAAACCCAGCUGGAGCGCUUCCUGCAGGAUGUGUUGACUUAUGCCAUGCUGGUCAUUCUGGGCUUUGCCAUCAUCAAGUUCUUUGGGAUGCUGAGUGUUUGUGUGAUCGGCUGUAGAACCAGCAGCCAGAGGAGAGCCUCUCUAUGCCUGAGACCAGCUGCCACCUCUUCGGUUUGCUCCACUAGAUUUUUCUGA